CUCGGACGGUCUUCCGCAAUGGCUGCUCUGUCAGCGUCCGGCGUUUGGUGGCGUCUCACGCGGCCCGUCUCUUGGACUUCACGAGGACAGUUUUGGUCUCGACCCAGAAAAGAAGAAAAGCCAGUGGUAGUUGAGACAGUAGAAGAAGUGAAGGAAGAAUCCAGUCUUGUAUGCCCACCCUUACGAAGUCAAGCAUAUAUUCCUCCUGAUGAUCUCCAGUAUCGUUUGGAAUCUUGUGCCAAAGAAGUUUUUGGUUCAUCUGUUUCUUCUAGCAAUUGGCAGGACAUCUCUCUGGAAGACAGUUAUUUAAAAUUUAAUUUUCUGAAGCGAUUAGCUGAUGACUUGGGCCAUGCAGUGCCUAAUUCCAGGCUUCAUCAGAUGUGCAGCGUCAGAGAUGUUUUGGAUUUCUAUCAUGUUCCUAUUAAGGAUAGAUCUAAAUUUGAUGACCUUCUUGCCAGUAAUCUGCCUCCCAAUUUAAAAAUUACUUGGGGAUACUAAGGAACUUGGAGAGGAAUACAUUGAAAUCAUCGGGCUCUCAAUAAGCUUUUUACACAUUUGGAUACUUAACCAUGGAAAGUGUUAUAUCUGUUCUCUAAAUCUACUUUUUCUGUGAAAGAAUGUUUUAUCCUUUUUCCUCAUAUCAUGAAUUAACAGAAUUUUCUU